AUGCUACCAGCCAAGCGCAACAAAGUCGACAUCAGUAAACUGACGGAGGAGGAGCAGAAGCUCUUCCGUCUCUAUGGAAAGCUGCCCUCGCACAAGAAUGUCCUCAUGAAGAUGCAGAAGGAUCGCAAGUACUUUGAUUCUGGCGAUUAUGCUCUUUCGAAGGCGGGGGUGGCCCCUCAGACGAACGUCGGCACUGCCAUCCCGAAUCCGCAGAACAUUCCACAUGCAUCCUCGUCUCCGAGCAACAGCCACCAGACACUCUCCGUCUCGCCUACGAACCCAACGAGCCCAGUCAACAGGGAAAGCGGUCUUUCUCAUCACGAGGAAACUGCAGACAUCCCGGCCGGUGACUUAGAUCCGCUUGCGCCUGCACCUGCACAUGCACCAGUGGAGAAGGCUCCCAUUACCGCGGAGUAA